AUGAUGACCACGACUCAGUCCAAUGAACAGGGACUAGAACAGAGUAAGUAGGAUUCCAUGUAGCUGACCUGAUGACGACCACGACUCAGUCCAAUGAACAGGGGCGAGAACAGAGUGGCCAGAGUGUUGUGGGAAAUUAGUAAAGGGUCAGCGGUCCAGAGGGACUUGUGGCAUUGGGAAGUUGGCGCGCGCGUGGCGCUGCGCCGGAUGGAGGCAGAUGGCGGUGUGGUGUCUUGAUUGGACUCAGAGGUGGCUUGCACGCGGAUACUAUCUAAGGCUCUGGUUUCGUUCACUCUCUCCCUCUUCUUUAACACACACUCGAUAUCUAUCUCGCCCAUUCGCCUGCUACAAGUUGAUUGACCUUGGCGAUACUCUAUCUCACAAUAGGUCAUCUAUCAACGCCGCGUAGCUACAGCGAAUCUUCAUUCAUUCAUUGGUACUCCAAGUCCAAAUCCACAACAGGUUAUGAGCCUAACGAGCAAUUGCUGCUCUUGUUGGCAAGACAUCUGCGUGUUGCAAAACCAUCCUGGUCGCCUUAACCAGUACCCCAAAAGUGAAGGCACCUUCAAGAGAUGCAUGCGCCGAAUCCUCUUUCAACACAGAGACUAAGGGACACACUGGCAACUGCUAUGAACCUUUGACGGCACUCGCAGUGGAGGCGACAUCGAAGCAGACGCUUGAAUCGUUCUUCGAUCGGAGUUUUCGGUUUGGCGACAUGGAACUCAAUGCUAUCGACAUUCGACUCAAUCAAGGAGGAGUGAGCCAGGUGUUGAUGCUGCAGUGGACGACGGAUCAGCGAUAG